AUGGAAGACGCAGAACUCGAGCAGAUCCGCAAGGCUCGCCUGGAGCAGCUCAAGGCGCAGUCAGGCGGGGGAGCCGGUGCGAGAGCAGGAGCAGGAGCAGGAGCAGGAGCAGGAGCCGGCAGCUCAGGCCAGGGAUCAGCUGAGCAGCAGAAACAACAAGAAGCCGAGGCCCGGCAAUCCAUACUCAACCAGAUCCUGCACCCGGAGGCGGCGGACCGCCUGGGCCGCAUCCGGCUGGUCAAGGAGGAGCGGGCGGCGGACGUCGAGAACAGGCUCAUCAUGCUGGCGCGGUCGGGACAGCUGCAGCAGAAGGUGACCGAGACCCAGCUCAAGGACCUCCUCGCCGCGGUGUCGGCCAACCAGGAGAAGGAGAAGAUCGUCGUGAGCCGGCGCAAGGCGUGGGCGGAUGACGACGACGACCUGCUGGACCUGUAG